AUGGUGAACGCUUCUGCUCUAUUGAACCGGCAUUUUGACAUGACAUUGCACGAGAUUCGUUAUGGGCGCACGAUGUCCAAGGUUCUACCUCUGGCAACAGACAGUAAGAAGCUGGACGGUAAAAACUGCUCCUUUGGUGUAUUCGAUGAAAUUCACGAGUACAAGAACUACAAACUCAUUAACGUAAUUAAAAACAGCACAGGAUCCCGUCAACAGCCGCUACUCCUUUACAUUACAACAGCAGGUUAUCAAUUGGAUGGGCCUUUGAUGGAUUAUUACGACAAAGCGGAUCAGGUUUUGGAAGGGUCUUUGACAGACGAAAGAACCUUCUACUACAUGGCCGAGCUGGAUCCAGACGAUGACAUUGAAGAUACAUCCAACUGGAUCAAAGCUAAUCCCAAUCUGGGAGUAACACUGAAGCUUGAAACACUGAUCGAGGAAUGGGAGUCGCGGAAGCAUGUUCCGGCCGAGAGGAAUGACUUUAUCACAAAACGUCUGAAUCGCUUUGUACAAUCGGAUGAACAAUCUUUUAUCGACUUCGAGAUUAUUAAAAAGAACGAUAAGGUUAUCAACCUCGAAGCACUGAGGGGCAUGAGUUGUAUUGGUGGUUUCGACUUAUCAGAAACAGAGGAUUUCACCUCUGCCUGCUUGGAAUUCAUCCUUCCUAAAGGUGGAGUUUUUGUACUGUCUCACUCGUUUGUUCCAAAGAAGAAAGUCGAACUGGACAACGAAAAAUUAGAGUGGAGAGAAUUAGAGAAGAAGGGACUUCUGACGAUAUGUGAUGGUGAGUACGUCGACUAUAAGUUGGUCUACGACUGGUUCGUGGAGCAAUCCAAGUUGUAUGCUGUCGAGUUGAUCACAUAUGACAGAUCGAAUGCGUUCAGACUCGUGGAAGAACUAAAAGCGUUUGGCUUUGAAACACUGAUGGUCAGACAGGGAUGGGAAUCGCUCAAUCAAGGUAUGAAGGAUAUCAAAGAACUUUUGUUGGACGGUAACGUGGUUUUCAACAAAAAUGGGUUGUUUAGGUGGUAUAUGAACAACGUCAAGUUAAUCAAAGACCGGAAUAAUAACUGGAUGCCUACCAAACAAGGUCGCUACCGUAAAAUUGACGGUUUUGCGGCCUUUUUGAAUGCCCACACAGAGGUGAUGAAACGUAUGGUUACCCCUGUUGGUAGUGGAGAUAUCCAGUUCAUGUCCAUAAACGACUUA